AUGCGGACUGCAUUGCAGGCCAAAAAGAAAUAUGGUUUUAUUGAUGGAUCUGUUAAGCAACCAGUAGAUGACUCACUGGAACUCGAAGAUUGGUGGACGGUUAACUCUAUGCUGGUUUCUUGGGUGUUUAACACCAUUGAACCAACGCUUCGCUCGACCAUCUCUCACAUGGAGAACGUAAAGGAUCUGUGGGAGGAUAUUAAACAGAGGUUCUCGAUUGGGAAUGGUCCACGAAUGCAGCAACUGAGAUCGGAUCUGGCAAAUUAUAGGCAAGAAGGUCAACCGAUCGUGUCCUAUUUCGGAAGACUCAAAACGUUAUGGGAUGAAAUAAACAACUAUGAUCAGAUACCAGUGUGUAUCUGUGCAGGCUGCAGAUGCAAUCUUACCAUUGAAUUGGAAAGAAAGCGUGAAGAAGAGAGAGUUCAUCAGUUUUUGAUGGGCUUGGAUGAAGAAGGAUACGGAACAGUGCGCUCUAAUAUUUUGAGCACUGAACCCUUGCCCAAUUUGAAUCGUGCCUAUGCUUGUUCAGCAAGAGUAGGUGUGAACUAUGACACGAACCAAGGAAGAAAGAGGCAAUCCUAUGAGUUUUGCAAUUCGAGCAGGAAGUCGAAAUUCAGGGGGGGAUAA